AUGCUGGCUCCGGCUUUCCGCGGGGGACUGCGUGCCGGGACCAGCGGCUACGCUGCCUACAGAGGGGCACGGACCGUCCGCCGGAGCCUCAGCGGCCAGACGCCCCCGGCGGCGCGGAGGACAGAGCUAGGCCUGCCCGGCACGGAGCGAGCGAGCGAGCGGGGCGCCCGGCCUUCCGGGAGGCUCCACGCGGGGACCGGCGGGCCUGGCCUCCUGCAAGGCAGCCGGAGCUGUGCUGAUGAGACGGGAGGCCACGGGGGCUGUCUGCAGGCUCCCGGGCCACCAGCGUCUAUAUUUGGAAACAAAUUCCACAGUCGCUUCCUGGGAACUGGGCAAAAGGUGCCUGGGAGUGGAGGAGACAGGGUCAUAAAGGACCCCCUCUCCCUGCUCCCCCGGCGCUCAGGGGACCCCCCACGGCCCUGGCAGGUUGGAAACGAAGGGAAUGCCGCCCAGAACAUCGCCGUGACUGUGGACGGUGCCAGGCGGGUACUGGAAAUAUCGGGGGGACACUAUGUAAAGUUGUCUAACCACGGGGCUGUACACCCGAAACCAACGCAAAAUAAAACCGAAAGGAAAGAGAAGUGCCCGAUCCACACCUCGACCGGGCAGAGUGAAGGAGGCGGGCAGUUAACACACAAGGACACUCGUCCACUGCCCCGGCGUCCCCGCUGUGCCCCUGCUCCCAGGACAGAUGGAUGGACUCCGAGCCCUGCGCGCGUUUACUUUUGGAAGUUGGUUCCGAGGAAUCAGGUGCCACAGCCUGGCCGCCCCAAGGGCCUCGCCCCCAGACAGCCUUUGACCCUGUCCCUCAAGUCUGUGGGCCUGGUGGGCUGUGUAGACGCCAGGGUGAGACCAGGGGGGACAGCUGUCACCUGGGCUGCUGAGCCUGUCCCUCUACCCGCCCUGCCCUGAGAGCAGCCAGGCUUCUGAUUCUCCCACCUCUGCCCUGCGGGGCUGGGAGGAAGCUGGCUGGCCUGAGCCCUGUGUCCUGGGCCCUUGCUGACAUCACUGUCACAGCCGUCUGCCCCCACGGGGUCAAGCAGCAAGACGUCCCGGACCCAGCCACUCGGGAGUCAUUUGCAGCACGCACAGCCACGGACAGCCACCGCACACACAGUCACGCCAGGCAGUCACCCCCCGCAUACGUGAGUGUGGUCAUUUGUGGCCCACAGCGCUGGCCAUAUUCAUCCUCGCACAUCCGUGUACACAAACACACUGUCACACGCACAAGGACGCGGACACUUGCAUACUCCAUCUCAAGUGAGCUCACACAGAGACACCCACCACUAGGCACCUGCUCGGUCACACACACACUCCCACACUCAUUGUCACACAGACACACACGCAAUCCUGGCCACACAGCCACCCACAGGCUCACUCCUGCACAUGUGACAUUCACUCAGUCACACACAGUCACGAGCGCUCACACUUGCCCACAGUCACGCACAGAAAGCCUCACACACAAUCAAAGGCUGUCACCCCGAGUCACACGCACUAGCCGCAUGAACCUGCAUGCACACAUGUGCUCCUGUGCACGGUCACGGUCACGCUCGCUCAUCCAUGACCCGAUUCAGCCGCUGGGCCCACGGGCCCCCUGGACCCUCGCAUCUCCGCUGCAGCCCGGCGUGUGAGCCCACAGGGCGGGGAUUACUCACCGUAGGCAUGACGGGGUUCCCCUGGAGAGAACCCCUCGAUUCAACAGCCCCACCCAGGCUGGGAGUCACUGGUUCGUGAGGAGGAAGGAUGUGUGGGGGUUUUGCAGCUGGAGAGGGAGAAGCCAGUCUCCAGAUACCAGUCCCCUGGCCACUUGUCACCCCCCCCAGAGGUCCCUGGGCUUUGACACAGCCCAUCCCUGAGGGCAGGGCCCCAGUAAGCCCUUAGCAAUGAACUCGCCCCGGCCGUGCAUAAAAUAAAAAUGAAAGUCUGAA